GUAAUUUGGCCGCCCCAGGACCAUCAGAGAUCCUGCCGGUGCCGGAGCCGCUGAGCUAACCACCUGCCGGAUCUUUGUCUCAUCGCCUCUAACUUGGCAAGUAAGCAAGUCAUCAGCCACCAAACAGGUCAGCUAGGCAAGGCGCCAAGAAGGCAAGAACUCGAGAUAAUCCUUCCCUCAGACAGACUUCGCCUCCUUCCUCCUCCUCCUCCGGCGAAUCCCACGCUGGUUUCGGGAUGUCGACGGAACUCCUGACGAAAUUCCUCACGUUGCUGUUUGGGUACGCGAUGCCGGCGCUGGAGUGCUUCAAGGCGAUCGAGCAGCGGCCUGGCCGGGCUGACCAGCUCCGGUUCUGGUGCGAGUAUUGGAUCAUCCUAGUGCUCCUGGCCAUGUUCGACGAAAUUGCUGGUGUUCUGAUUUCCAAGAUUCCAAUGUACUACGAGCUCAAGCUUGCCUUCCUCGUGUACCUGUGGUACCCAAAGACAAGGGGAACAGACAUAGUGUAUGAGACCUUCCUCCAGCCCCUGGUGAUGCAGUACCAGCCCAGCAUCGAGGCGAGACUGCAGUACCUGCGCGCCAAUGCCGGUGAUAUCCUUGUCUUCUACCUCAAGACCUUCACCGAGAGGGGCUACGACCUCUUCCUCCGGGUAAUGGACUACGUCCGGUCGCAGGCGUCCAGAGGAUCAAGAACAAGGAGUUUCUUCUCGUUCAGAGGGGACCGGGCUGACAGGCCGAGCUUCACCGACGACUACGCAAUUGGUGGCGACCGGAGGGAUGGGGGGAGGCACCGGCGACCGCGUAGUGGCUACUAGCAGACCAAAAAAUUAGCAAGUUGAUGCAUAUGGUGUGCACAGAAACUGAAAUGAUUACUGGCAUAGGCGUAGGUAGGAACAAGCAAAUCAUUGUGAAGCUGGUUGAUUUAAAACACAGGUGGAUUAUGUACAAAACUUGUAGGUUUGACUACAAACAUAGAUCUCUACAAACUUCUUGUAGAUAGUGGGUUUUAAAUUGUCUGCAACAAUCAUAGUUCUCAAGGCGGUAAGGCGGACACCUAGCAAGGUGGGGCGGCUGGACGCCUAGGCGAGCAAGGCGGGCGCCUAGGUGAGCAAGGCGCAAAUCGGUGGAUGGCGCAUGGACGCCUAGGUGUCGCCUAGGCGACGCCUUGAGAACUAUGGCAACAAUCUCUUCGCAUGCUUCUUGCAGUGUAUUGUGGUUUCUCUGCUGUCUUGUAGAGUUGUAUUGUGCUGAGUUAUGGAAAUUGGAAAGUCUGUUAAUUCCAAUCGGA